AUGCCGCCGAGAGAAACCGUCCUCAAACAGAUCGAGGGAGCCUCACGAGGCUUCGAAGCCCUCCUCGAUAACGACCUCGUGCAGGCAAAGCAGAUCCUCUCCAGAGAUCCUUACUCGGCGUUCCACCUCGUCGGACUAGGGCUGUCCGCUUUCCUCGCCGCCAUCCUCUCGCGCGAGGACGACGAGCUUCGAAACGCUCAGGAGACGCUGAUUAGGGCAGAGACUAUGGCCAACAACGAGGCGAACGCGAAGCGGGCAAAGGGAGAGACCGCGGGCAUCUUUCCCGGAGGAACCGAGUACAAGCUGUUGACGGGCGACGCGACCAUCGGGCAAGCGUUGAUCGCCAUCAUGUCGGAAUCCUACGUCGAGUUCGUCAAGGCCAUCUGGAAGAUGAACAAGAGCUACAAGAUCUUCAUGGGCAUCUUCAAGACGGUCUUUCCCGAAAACGUGUCCGAGCACGACUCGCUGCACGAUAUCUUCACUCGCCUGAACGACCGGUACCUCGAGCAGACGACGAAGCCUCACCCUGCUGUCGAGUCGUCCGGCGGGUUCUUCUCGUCCUGGGGACGCAAGAAGCCUUCUGCGGUCGCGGCGCCGCACCUCCGACACGUCAGCUCGUCGUCGGCCAUCCCGACCCUCCCCUCGUCUUCCGCCUCGAACGGCGAGCCAGCAAUCGCCGCCUCCGCGCCCGUCUCCGAGCUCCCGUCCCGUUCCGGCUCCUCGACGGACCUCUCCUCCUCCUUCGCAAACAAAGUUACCCUCGCCGACUCAGCCGGCAAUGCCGAAGUCGACUCGUAUCCCUCCCCUUUGUGGGCUAACGACCCGCUCACCAAACUCGUCAUCUCCGGCGCGGCACUCGGAUCUGGCAUGUUUGGACUCAUCUUCUCGAUGCUGCCGCCGAAGAUGAGGAAGAUGAUCUCGUGGUUUGGCUUCUCGAACUCGAACCGCCCCGUGGCGCUCAAGCUGCUCACCAUCGCUGCGAGCACCGGCGACGACGUCCACGGCUACUUCGCCUCGCUCACCCUCGUCACCUUCUACGGCUUCCUCCUCCUCAUGUCGGGCUGGCAAGCCUCCGAACCGACCUACCUCCGCUCUCUCUCCUCCAUCCUUCGCCGCGUACACGACCGCUUCCCGAACGGGACGCUUUGGGUCUUGAAUCGGGCAAAGCUGGCGAGGUACGAGCGACGGAGUGAGGAUGCGGUGGGGAUCAUUGUGGAGGCGUUGGGGAGGGAGGCGAAGGAGGGGAACUCGUUUAGGGAGGCGGAUAGCUUGUUGGUCUUUGAGCUUUCUUGGCUGUACCUCUCGCAGGCUUGCUUCGUCGAGACGGCCGAUGCGAUGGAGCGGAUUCUCAACAGCUGGUCUCACGCGACCUACAUCGCCAUCGCCGCCGGUGCGCUCGUCGACGAGAUCAACGACCAGCGACGACGAGGCGAGACGCCCUCCCCUGCGGUCGUCGAGCGGGCCGACAAGUUGCUGGCCAAGCUUCCCGGCCUGUGCGGCUUGAAGCGCGUUUUCGGCGAGAAGCCCGUCACCGAGGUGUUCAUCCUCCGCCGCCUCGAGGCGCAAAAAGCCAAGCUCGAGCGGUGGAUCCGCGCUGGGCGUUUGAAGGAAGGAGCGAAGUUGUGGGAGGUUGUGCGGAUCUCGAACGCCUCGGAACUCGGGUUGUUCUGGGCGACAAUCGGAGGCCGCUCGCCUGCUUCCGGUGUUCAGAAGCAAAUCGACUUGCUAUCGUCGUUCUCGCCACCGCCGCGCUUCGGUCCGGCGUCCAGCAGCGCUGCGCCCGCGCCGCCUUCCUCGACUCUCGGCAGGACCGAGACCCGCUCUUCCACUCUCAGCGGCAACACCUACCGCCGCCGUACCUCCGUCGCUUCGACCACUCCGUCCGCAACUAUCCCUCCACCUUCUUCCGCGACCGACGACCUCGACACGACCGCCGAGAUCUUGCAGCGCGACCUCCUCCUCGGCAUCCUCUACACGGCCCUCGGACACUACGACUCCUCGCACUACGCCCUGGCAGUCCAGUUCCUCGAUGCCGUCUUGAGCGCCUCACCCGUCGAAGUCGGCGACGAGAAGUGGGUCGUCCCUUUCGCGGGCUGGCACCGCGCUGUCGUCGAACUUAAGGUUGGGGAUGCGGAGACGAAGGAGAUGGAUGGCGCGAAGGCGAGGGAGGUGUGGAGGGGCAAGAUGGAGAAGGCGAAUGGUUGGCUCGAUGCGGUCCUGGCGACCGGCGAGUACGACAUGAAAACAAGGCUCGAGUCUCGCGUCCUGAUGCUCCGCGACGAGAUUCAGAUGAAGAAGGUCAAGGUUGGACUCGCCUAA